AUGGCUGAUUUCCCUGAAAGCACUCCUGAGCCAUCUGAGCCGUCCCCUCGGCCUCAUCGUCACGAAUUAUUCAAUGGUUCAGACUACGAUUUAAGUCUUGUAUCGAAAGAUAACAUAAUCUUCAAUGUCCCCUCCUCCACACUUCGUCGUUCUUCGAACUUUUUCCGAUCCGUUUUCCUUCUUCCCCAAGAAGCUCAACGCCAUUCAGACCCAAUAAAGCUGUUCUUGGAUGAUGACGCUUGGGUGGUGGAGGCUGCACUUCGGAUGGUUAAUGGCAUGCCAAUCCAAAUGGAGCACUUCAAGUCCUUCGAUUCUCUCGAACCAAUCUUACAUUUCUGCGAAAAAUAUGACAUGCACGGCCCUAUGUCCAUCAUACAACUUGGCAUGACCCGGCCUGAACUCAUCUCCAAUCCCUUCCGCCUGUAUACCCUCGCGUGCCGUUACGGCUGGAAGGAGGAGAUUACGAUAGCAGUCAAUCACGCUCUCGACCAUGACAUUACUGAUCCAGCAUCCGUCACUCGCUUUGGAGCCAUCGAUUUCUUGGAUUAUGCUAAAUUACUAUCCCUCGUCCACCGGCGGAGGACUCAGUUCGAAAGGCGCUUAAACGACCCGGUGGUUUUUUGUGGAAGCAACCCAACCCACACCUGCCGAACGUGUCAACAACGCGUAGAUGACCUCACCUGGCUCGUCAUGAAGUCCCGGCUCCUCCGUGAGCUGGAGAAACACCCCUCCGGACGAACGAUUUGCUGCGAGUCCGGAGACGGCUUUAUGCAGUGGCCUGAGACCACGAAGGCGAUGACGGCGCAGCACUGCACCAGGUUACUAUAUAGUCCCGAGCAUACACGGAACGCUGUCUUGGACGCUCUGAAGGACCUUCCUACGAAUCUGGAAUAA